CGAGAUGCUGUGGUUUUGUAGAGUUUGAGAGAGACAGAGACAGGAAAGGGGAGAGUUAACAAUUCUUACCCAUGUAUGGAACAAGCACAACCUUCUUUGAAUCCUGUUAAGCAGAGCCCGUGGGCCUCAGAUCAGGAACUUUAUCUGGCUAGUAAUCUAUAGGCACGCUGGCUUUCGAGUUGGUGUGAGGGAAAGCCGGAUGCUAAGUGCUUAGUUCUGAUAGAAGGAAGCAUCGUUAUAUGCACGUGAGGAGUUAUUAAAUAUACACUCACGCUGACUGUCUAUGAGAUACCAUGGCUGCGUUCUACAGCUGUCUGAACUUUAAAAGGUGUGGUCGCUGGUCUGUGAGAUCUCAAUCAGAAUGCCGAAAUAGAAAUUUCAGAGAGACUGUCAUGGCGACUGGAGUGUAUGAGAUAGAGCCAUGUGAGGUUGAAGAGACAGAGGAAGAAUGUUCAAAGAAGAAGAGAUCAAGGUUUCAGACUUUUAAGAACUUUUUCUCCAAGAAGAAGAAAAACAAGGAGCAGCCGUCCUCCCUGGGAGAAAUAAAAUUAAAGCCAAGUCAAUCCAGUAGUGAUGUCAGCAUCCGAAACCUUGAUUCCUGCAUACUCCAUUUGCCAAUAGAGCCUGGAUCCAAAGGGAACAUGGGAAACAAAGCCUUAUCUCAUGACAGUGUUUUCACAGUGUCCUCUCCAGAAACCUUUCCAGGGAAGGUGAAAGCUUUGCAGCUUCAGUUACAGCCAAACCUCGUGUUUCGAUCGCCACCGCUUGUUAUCCCCAGCAAGAGAAUGGAAGAGGUGGGUGGCAUUUCAGAAGACGAUGGCUUACCCAGAAGUCCUAAGGGAAUUUCCACCCUCCAUGAUGUUCUGAUUUGUUCUACGAACAAGUCCUCAAUCCCUGCCCAGCGCUAUAACUCUUUGAGUUUAGGUGGCACAGACAGUGAAGAUGACCAGGUCACCUCAGAAUCCGCCUCCAGACCCCUUAGCCCACAACCCUCUGCAGUUGUUGGGAGUCCUGCCUUGCCAUACAGCCACUUGCUUCCUGUUGAUUUCAGCCGUCCACCCACUCCGCUGGGCUGCCUUGACACAUCAGCAGCCAAGCACAAGAUUGCAAUAAACCCGCGGAAGCAGAAAGCCUUCACUCACAAAAACCAAACUAUUUCAGUAAAAGAGGUGGCAAAACAGCAAGGCCUUCUCAAACCCAGAGAAGGAAAACCAGACCAUGAAAAAUUACUUGAAGAAGAUGGUAGAAAAAAGGAGGGCUUGGCAGGCCUAUCAAUCCAGAAUACCAGUAACUUAAAUGGGAGUCAAACUAAUGAUGCAUUAUCCAUGACAAGGGCCUCUGAUGCUUUGCAUUAUUCUUGGAAUGCUGGCCCUGGUGCUGAGGAGAAUUGCAGAUUAGAAUCUGAGAACCAGAACCGUAUGGAAACAGAUCUCCAGGCUUCUGUAACAGUGCCCUGUCCAAAUGCACUGUCCUCUCUAACAAAGCACAAAGAAGAAGAGAUGGAGGAGGAAGGGGUGAAAACAACUGGGCAACCAACUGAUAAUGUCACGUCGAACUCACAGAGCUCCGUGAAAGAGAUCAUUGAGAAAUUUGAACCUUUGCAGACUGAAACAGAAGAUGUUAGAUGCUUAGAUGCUGCCUUGCCUGGGAAUAGCAUGGAUAAGGACCCUGAUGCAGCAGAAGAGUGUCGCAACAUACCUUGCCUACAACCUGUAGAUCAAAAAGCAAAAGACUCCAUUGAUGGCAGUGAUGCAAUACAUAUUUAUAAAGCAGAAGAUAGACUUGGUGACAGGGACAGCUUGAUCACGCUUCAGGAAGACCCUGCACUGCAUGGUCCACAGUUUUCUGCAUCCACUAUGGAGGCUCCCACAGAAGCAGAGAAGGCCAUAGCCUCAGCCCUUGAAAAACAUCAGAUACCCAAAGAAGUUACAGGAGAACGGUCUGCAGAUAUGGAAAUUCAACUGUGCAAAGGCCACACAAAGCCAACAGCCUUUCCACAGGGAGGACCAGCCAUCUUAGAUUCCCAAGUAGAUGAGCUUCCACUUCACAGUGCCGUGGGUGAGAAACCUACCCACCCAAAUGAACCUUAUUGUUCUGAUUUGAACAGCAGCCGAGGCGGGCAAGAGGAUGCCAGCUUUAGAAACCUGAGCAACCCUUCUCUGGUAGGUCUGUCCUCUGCAGGAUCCCCCAAGGUUGCUCCUAAAAGUAGCUGUUCUGAUGACAAGGCUGGAGACUUACCAGGAAGUGUGAAAAUGGAAGAAAGCAAAGGUCCAGAUGAGAUUUCCAAGGCCCACCCAAAGUCCACUUCUGCGAAGCCUGCCAGGUUCACCAUUGCAUCAGCCUGGCAGAGGUCUCUUUCGGGGAGCUCGAGUUCCAUGGAUAGUUCCUGCCCUGGAAGCACCCCUUCUUCACCCAUAAGACCAGAGUUGUUUGAAGGAAUGCCCCACUUGGAUACAGCCACAGAGGGAUAUAUAGUAAGGAGCCCAGAGUGUCUUGACAAGGGUAAUGGGACUGUUGGCGCCAACUUAAAUAUUGUAAAUGAAUGGCCAAAAGAAAAUGUGCUUGACUGUGAGAGCCCAUUUGGGGUUAAGCUGAGGAGAACACCCUCUCUAUUGAAAUACCGAACCCAGCAGAAGCAUCACGAGCCUGCAAAGCAACUGACACCUGUGGUUCCAGGAACCUCUUCUACUUUGGUCAAAGAAGAUCUGAUGCCAUCAAGUUCUGGGAAGCCUCCCCAAAAUCUGACAGGUGGCACUCAAGCUUCGGUUCCAAAACCCAUCUUCCAAAAGGAGAACCACCCCAUCAAAGCCAUCAAACCUGACGAAGAUGAAGCCAAGCAGCAGAUAGGCAAGCUCUCAGGGCAAACCCCGGCCCCACAUCUGGAAAGCACAUCCUCUGAACCAGCAUGGAUUCUGAUGGCAAAACUAAAGCAGAAAGGCUUCCAGGGUCACCCUCUUGCGAAAGAACAGACAUGGGAGGAUAAAACCUCUGCCAAAACUGAACAAGGAGGGGAGAAGCGCAGCAGCAUUUCUCAGCAGGAAAAGAUGGAACAGUCCUGCCGUGGUAAAUCUUUGUUUAGGAAGCCAGAAGCCAGUGCCAAGUCUGCACUCCCCUUUGAUGCUUCAACCCUGCAAACAAAUUUUACCAGUGAGAAUAUAUUGAAGAAGACCAGUGCUCCUCAAGUACGUGCACUUGAGAGUAAAACCCCGUUGAAGAUGGCUCCAGCAGCUAUAAAAGCAACAUCUGUUAGAACAAAGCCUCAGGAAGCCCCUCAAAUGGAAAAGGAAACGAGGCCAUUGCCAAGCCUACCGAUGUCAUCGUGCAGCCCUGCUGAGCCACCUUGGCUUUCUCUGGCCAGGAAAAAGGCCAAAGCAUGGAGUGAAAUGCCUCAGAUUGUUCAGUAGCCAUUCGGAAGAACUGUCUACACUGCCAAUAGCUGCAUUAAUAGCAUAUACUAAUGUUUUCACUGUGAUCAUUUAUUGAGGGUUUGGAGGGAUGAUGGGAAGCACUGGUGAAUUGGGGGGGGCGUAAUUUCUACCACACAUUUAAUACGAAGGUAACCAUUGGAAUUAUUAAUACACUGGGUGCUUUUCACUGUAAGACAAUAAUUGCUCCAGGAAUCUUUGGCCAUAUGUUACAGUAUCAGUGUUAAGGUCAAAGACUCUGCUGAGGACCUUGAAGGUGGUUACACAUUUCCCAUUAAAAAAAAGCCACCUGAGACACAGUAUUCCUGCACUGGGUGGAAAAUAUUGUGCUGGUAUUUCUGGCUUUUCUGUUUUCUGCCAAAAAGACUGAAACCCUAAGCAGGCCCUGGUUUGCCAGUGGCUGAUGGUGAGGCUACAAAGAUGGUGGCUGUGUUCUGUUCUUCAAAUAGUGAACUUAGUUUUCUAACAGCAAGUGCAACACCAGUGCCUGCUUUGAUAGUAACCAAAGACAUCUCUCACACACAGACUUCCUAUUGUAUGGGAGAUAUGGUUGUGCAAGGAGACGGAUUGUACCGAUUUUCCAGAUGUUUAGAGUCAGUCCAAAGUACUUGUCGCUCAAUAGAAGAGGUACCCAAUGUGAUGCUCUCAAGAUGCUGGAGUACAGCUCAAUCCACCCUGACAAGUGGGACCAUUGGUAAAAGAUGUUGGAAGUUGUAGUCCUAGCAUCAUCUGGAGGUCAUCAUAUUGACUGCCCUUGUGUGGAGACCCAAUGGCAAUUCAUGGUAACCCUUUCAACUCCAUUUCCCCCAAACAUCUACUGCUGCCCAGCCUAGUUUUUACCUACGCAGGCAGCAGAAUAGCAGCCAUGACUUCAAGGUGUGUUUAUUUGUGGGAAAGGGCACAACUGGAUAGUGCUGCUCUUGGCAAUGGAUGAUUGCCAGUAAAAUAGCACUUGAUUCAAUCAUUCAGGAAUGUCCGCAUGCCUGUCCAGAACUGUCUGCAAAUACAACAAAUCUAGUUUAAUAUUUUUUUCAGGCUUUGGCAUAGAUGUCUGAACCAGUUAUGCAGUGUAAAGAGCAUACGUAACACCAAGCAGAGUUGAGUUUUCUGGCUGAGCAUACUUGGAAUCUGAAUCUGCUGCAGCCCCUCAGAUCUUCCAAAGCAUCUUGUCGCUGGCGAUGGAUGAAGUGGAUAGGUUGUUUCUGUUCCCUUCCAAGGAAAACAGGAAGCCUUAUAGUUGCUCAGGUCUUCCCCUGUUCCUUAUGACCCUUUUGAGCCCCAGUCCAAGAAACUGGCUGUGAAAUUCUAACUUGGGAUCAACCUCCGAUACCAGACUUUGCUAACCUGGUGCCCUUCAGAUGUUUUGAACUACAACUCCCAGCAGCUCCAGUUAGCACAUGCUGGCUAAGGCUGAUGGGGCUUGUAGUUCAAAACACCUGGAAGGCACCAGGUUGGCAAAGGCUGCUCUACACAUAAUGAUGUCUUCCUUUUGCACUAGGUAUUUAAAGCAGUAUCAUACCACUUUAAACAGCAGUGGCUUCCCCAAAGAAUCCUGGUAACUUUGCCAUGGGUACUGAGAGUUGACCCCUGUUCCCAUCACAGUGCUACAGUUCCCAAUCAGUCCUUCUUCCCAAGGAAUGCUAGGAAUUGUAGCUCUCUGAGGGUUUCCUAACAAAUCUCAGUGCCCUAAACAAACCACAUCUUUCAGAAUUCUUUGGGGGAAGCCAUGACGCUUUAAAGUGGUAUGAUACUACUUUAAUAGUAUAGUGCUGGUGGGCUAUUGUCUUGGAAUGCUGUCCUGCCAUUCCUGAUCCUCUUCUUCUAUGUAAAGGAUACACAAAUCAAUACAUUCCUGGUUUCUGUUCAGUUCUUUAUUCUUUAUUGUUUAUUCUUUAAAAAAGAAAGAAAGAAAUGUCUCUUUUGAAAUGUAUGGAAUGUAUAUAUGUUUUUGUAAUCCUUGCCUUUCUGGAGCACAUUUUCUUUUUUUGUAUUUUGUUCCCACACUUUGUUUACUAUUAAAUUCUUUUGUCACAAUUGA